UGGUCCAAUUGGACGUCUGGGUGAUCAGUCAAACAGGAGGAGGGCGAGGAUUGGUUCAGAGCGUUUCAUUCCGAAUGAUAUAAACAUGUCAUCCUUUCUCCCUGCCUGCAAGCAAGGCUUGGUAGAGGCGACCAUACAUACCCUGCCAUGGUCAGGAGAAACGAGGAGCUAAAACAAUUCAUUAUCAGUUCACCAUCAGCCAGUAUAAAACUUCGGACUACGGGAUAUUUUGUUUCCACCUGAAUGUGAUGAGGAUUUCUCAGAUUCUCAAGAAGUGCAAACGGAGAAAUUUGAUCAAGUAGACUUCUCAUCUACGGAGCGCUUUUUUUUUUUUUAGCUGUUUGUGUUUUCAAAGAGAAAACAAAGUGUUUGGGCACCAGGCUUGGAUACGAUUAACCGACUAACUGCUGUUAUCUGAUUGUUGAAGUGUAAACACGCCAGAAUACCAUCGCUGACAUUUCCCUAAGGACAAAUUCAUCGCGGGAUUGGGAGACAUUUGAGAUUUUAUUUGUGGCAAAUUCCUGGACUAUCUGUUUUUUUUUUCCUGUAGCCUUCUCUUAGUGGGCAAUUCAUGCCGUCUGCUUUCUGCUCGGGAAACCACUGUGCCGUGGACAUUUGGGAGAAAAUAUCACCCCGCAAAACGCCGCACAUGCUUUAGUUCAAGUUGCUUCUUGCAUGUGCCGAUUUUCUACUUACAAGCUAUCUGGCUGUGUUGCGGCUGACUGAUGGAUGAACAAGCCCGGAUCAUGCAGACUCUUAGCGGUGUCAGUCUGGCUGGCCACACAGUCCAGGGGGGCAUGGCAUUGCCGCCUCAUGGACAUGACGGCCCCGACUCGGAUGGAAGGAAGCAGGACAUCGGAGACAUUCUUCAUCAGAUCAUGACCAUAACUGACCAAAGUCUGGACGAGGCGCAAGCAAAGAAGCAUGGGCUGAACUGCCACCGAAUGAAGCCUGCCCUGUUCAGCGUUCUCUGCGAGAUCAAGGAGAAAACAGGUUUAAGUAUUCGUGGAGCACAGGAGGAGGACCCUCCCGAUCCUCAGCUCAUGCGUCUGGACAACAUGCUGCUGGCAGAGGGAGUGGCUGGCCCAGAGAAAGGAGGAGGAUCAGCGGCAGCGGCGGCGGCUGCAGCUGCCUCCGGCAGCCCCGCAGAUAACUCCAUCGAGCACUCGGAUUAUCGGGCCAAACUCUCACAGAUCAGACAGAUUUACCACACUGAACUGGAGAAAUAUGAACAGGCAUGUAACGAGUUCACAACCCAUGUGAUGAACCUGUUAAGGGAGCAGUCACGUACACGGCCCAUCUCCCCCAAAGAAAUUGAGCGUAUGGUUGGCAUCAUCCACCGCAAGUUCAGCUCCAUUCAGAUGCAGCUCAAACAGAGCACCUGCGAAGCUGUCAUGAUCCUGAGGUCUCGCUUCCUUGAUGCCAGACGGAAAAGACGAAAUUUCAGCAAACAGGCAACAGAAAUUCUUAACGAGUACUUCUACUCCCACCUCAGCAACCCCUAUCCCAGUGAAGAAGCCAAAGAGGAACUGGCUAAGAAGUGUAGCAUCACAGUAUCCCAGGGGGUGGGAAGCACCAUCACAGUGGCACAGGUGUCCAACUGGUUUGGGAACAAGAGGAUCCGUUAUAAGAAAAACAUAGGCAAGUUCCAGGAAGAGGCCAACCUUUAUGCUGCAAAGACAGCUGUUAAUGCAGCACAUGCUGUGGCUGCUGCUGUACAAAACAGCCAGACUAACUCACCCACUACACCUAAUUCUGGAUUCCAGAUGAAAGAUGAAGAAUUUCAGCUGGACUCUGCAGAGAACAAAAACAAUCUAUUAACCAACAUGUUUACUGGUUCGUCAGGUUCUUUUAACCUCCCAAACUCAGGGGACAUGUUCAUGAGCAUGCAGAAUCCGAAUGGGGAUUUAUAUCAAGGGGCACAAGUUGGAGCCAAUGUGCAGUCUCAGGUGGAUACCCUGCACCAUGUUAUCAAUCAGACAGCAGGAUACAAUGAUGAUCUUGGGAGGAAUGCCUUGUAUAGUCCACAUGGUCUUAAUGGUAAUGGGAGAUGGCAAGAUGUGAUGACCCCAUCUUCAGUGAUCUCCCCUACAGAAGGCCCUGGUAGUGUGCACUCUGAUACCUCAAACUAAUUUUUUCACUGACAUAGCCCUUUCCCAAAUUAUGGGCACACCAGAGACCCAUGGACUGAUCAAACAGAGCAGAACAAACCAAGCUGUAUGUAUCCUACCUAAACCUCCACAAAUCAUUAUGUUCUUUGUAAGUGGCGUUCAUCAUUAUGCUAAGUCAUGUUGGUAUCUUACAA